AAGAGUAAUGUUACAGAGCCGAAAGCAGAGUGAGAAGACUGCGUAUCGCUAUUGCCUUCACACAGCCAUUGCAGUACAUUGAGAAUCAGCAUCAGCUUUUGGGACAUUCUGAAGAUGGGGAAAGACCCAACAAAGCCAAGAGGAAAAAUGUCCUCAUAUGCUUAUUUUGUUCAGACCUGUAGAGAAGAACAUAAGAAGAAACACCCUGACACUUCGGUCAACUUCUCAGAGUUCUCCAAAAAAUGCUCUGAGCGGUGGAAGACUAUGUCAGCCAAGGAAAAAGGCAAGUUUGAAGAUAUGGCCAGAAUGGACAAGGCACGUUAUGAGAGAGAGAUGAAGAACUAUGUUCCUCCCAGAGGGGAGAAGAAGAAGAGGUUUAAGGACCCCAAUGCCCCCAAGAGACCCCCAUCCGCAUUUUUUAUUUUCUGUGCGGAAUAUCGGCCCAAGGUGAAGGAGGAGACCCCGGGUCUGUCUAUUGGCGAUGUCGCUAAGAAACUUGGAGAGAUGUGGAACAAGACUUCGGCUGAAGACAAACAGCCAUAUGAGAAGAAAGGAGCCAAACUGAAGGAGAAAUAUGAGAAGGACAUUGCUGCAUAUCGAAAGGGCAAAGUUGUGGGAGGCGCUGCGAAAGCCCCCUCCAAGCAAGACAAAGAUGAUGAUGAUGAUGAGGACGAAGACGAUGAGGAUGACGAGGACGAUGAAGAUGAUGAUGAAUAAUCUGGUUACAAAAUAGUGCUUAGCAUCUUGUUUAUAAAGCAUUUACCCCGCCUCCCCCUGCAUAACUAAGGCCAUAAAAUAGAAGAGAAAAAAAUAAUACAAGUUAAUGGCAGUGUAUAUGAAAGGGUUUUAAUGAUGUACAGUCCCCGGCCCCUUAUUUUUUUUUGUAUAGUAACACUACAAAUGUGUAAUGUAGUUUGUUUGUAUACCCUCAACUUUUUGUUCUGGGGUUUUCCCCUGUAAAUGGUAGUACCUAAGCCACUAUCAUUAUCAGUACAGUUUAAGGGGGGCUAAAAAUGGCUUGGAGUUUUGGAGGUGUGCAGCACACAACCUAGUAAUGUGAGGUUGUAGUUCAUAUCUUAUUGUAUUGUUGUUGUUUUUUUCUGCAUCACCAUUUUUAGUAAGUUGAUGUAUGAUAGUUAUUUUACUGAACUUUCAAUACCACUGUAAUUGUCACAAUGAUUAAAAAAAAAAAAAAUUUAAUUGUUUCAUUGACCUUCUAUGUGAUAAGACAUCAAUAAACGUUUUUUUUUUUUACAUAAAAUGUUCAAUUUUUAUUUAAUUGUGGGUGGUUCAGCCAGAAAAGUCAGUGCUACAGUUCCAUGCUUGUAGGAACCUGGUUGCUCUGGUAGUCUUUGGUUAAUGUCUUUGUCAGGCUUGUCUUAUUUCUGGUGUUUUAGGGUCGGCAACACUGGCUGAGUGGGUAGCAAGAAGGUCCUGGGUUUGAUUUCCAGGUGGGGCGGUCCGGGUCCUUUCUGUGUGGAGUUUGCCUGUUCUCUCCGUGUCUGUGCGAGUUUCCUAGGGGUGCUCCGGUUUCCUCCCACAAUCCAAAGAAAUGCAAGUGAGAUAAAUUGGAGAUACAAAAUUGUCCAUGACUGUGUUUGAUAUAACCUUGUGAACUGAUGAAUCUUGUGUAAUGAGUUAUUACCGUGUCUGUCAUGAAUGUAACCAAAGAGUGUAAAACAUGACGUUAAAAUCCUAAUAAACAAAUUGGUGUUGGCAGAAACUA